AGACCGCGGCGAUUAUGGCGACCGACGGCGAUUCUACCCAAAUUCCAACCGGAGAGUUUCCUUUAUGUACAAAUCUGCCUCCCUCUUCCAACGAAGUCAGCGGGUUGAUAAGCUCAACAACCAUCCCGAAUAUCCUGUCGAUCGGCGGCCUAAAUACCCUAAUUUGGGUCGGUUUGGAAUUACAGAUCCGGUAACUGGCGAGCUUCACUUGGAGAAGGAAGGAAAAAUCAGUCAUUCCAACGAGCCAGAGGUGGUGAACAAAAGAGAAAUUGGCCUUUUAGAUCCCCAGAAACUCUAAACUUGAAAAAUUCAUACGUCUACAGCAGUUCAAAUUUUGUUGGUAAGACUGGUUCAUCCAUUUCUUUUCCGAGUAAAAACUCUAGGUUCAAGUUUCACAUUGAAUUCAAGGCAUAUGAACUUUUCUACUCUUUCUACAAUCACAAUAUCUGCAUAACUACACAAGGACGAAAAAAUUUCCACAUUUGGUUUGAUUUGGACUCUGUACACUGGCUGGUAGAAUCUAUUCCCAGGCUGUCAAGUACGAAAACUCAAGGUUUGUAUAAAUUUGAUGAUUAUAGAGCUCUCGAGAUACGUCUUGAAUCAAACAGAAGAGGGGAAUUCAUUCGUAUUGCUGAGGAUCGAAGGGAAGGUAAUUCAUUUCUAUUGGUGCCGUAUGGGGAUAAAGGUGAUGGUUUUAAGCUUUUCUAUAAGGCCUUGAACUCCUUCCUUGAGAGGAUCUCUUUCACUCAUAAAGGUAAGGCCAUCCUCAGUGAGGAACAUCCACAACCCCCUUACAUUCAGAAUGAUCCUCCUUUCCUUAAGUCAGGUGAACCUAUAACAACCUCAACCUCUGUCUCUCCUGAUGUGGCAGUCUUGGAUUCAAAGGUGGAUGAGGUGUUAGUAGCCUCAACACCUCUCCUGGAACUUGGUUCACCACCUCAACAUUCGCAACUCCAAUCGAGCACAGACGAUAAGUCUGGAGGCAAAGGAGGGCUAGAAGACUUCUCCACAGCUCCUUUGAUAGAAACCACACCAGCAAACACACAAAUGACUAUUUUUGAGGGAGGAAGACAACCAAAAGUCAUCAUUUCAGACACAUACACUGAAUUGUUUCCACCACUGCCAAGAAGGAUGUUAUCACCAUUUGCCCCUGCAUUUGUACCACUUUCAAACAACUCAUUUGCUGCUCUGCUCAACCAGGAUCAUGGAGACCUUGAGGAAGAGGACCCUUUUUCAAUGAUUAAUGAACGGAGCCUGGUUCUAUACUCUAAUGCAGUCGAAGACCAUGAAAAGGAGAGGGAUGGGCCCAUUCUUUACACCCAUUCAGAGGGGGAGGAUUACGUAUUCAUUGAUUCUAAGCUUAAACCACUUCAAAUAGACCUUUCAAGAUGCCCCAAACACCCCUUGCAUCUGCAUAAGGCAAUAAAGGGCAGAAGGACAUAUUCUCCAUCUCAAAUGGUUACUAGAAGUAAAGCUAAAUUACUAGAAGCGGGGAGAAGAAACACACCAAUUGGCUGGGAAGAGGAAGAUGAAAUGCACUAUCCACAGGAAUCCCAUGAAGACGAGGUCAUCAAAUUCUUCAAGCUUUGUUGUCCUAACAAAAUUGAUGAACCUAAACCUCCUAAUAAGCCAAUGAGCAAAAGUCAGAAAAAGAAAUUAAAGAAGAAAAAGAACAAGCGGCAGGUUACUGAUGGUUUUGAGGAUGAGAACUAUGAUUUAGACUAUGCUUAUUGAGUAAUGUUUUCUGUGCAUCCGUGUUAAAAUUUAGAUCCUGUUUAUUUUAGAUCUAUAUAUCUAGCUCUCUGAUGGAAUACUGGGACUUUGUGGACUGUUGACUCUGGUUUUGCUAUGAGGGACUGCUGACUCUGUUUAAAAUGAGUCUAUUUACUGGGGUCGGUAUUCAGCAUGUUUAGGCUUAUGAGCCAAGGGUUUUAGAAGUACUUCUGAUUUAGGUUAUGCUACUUAUGGUGGAAUUCUAGUGGUAGUCACUUUACUGCAUCUUCAAAGUGUGGUGAUUUAAAUGAGAAGUGUCCCUGCUGUUUUGGUGUUCUGCCACAAGGGAGUUGGAACUGAUGAUGCUGGGUUUUCUGUAUUCUAUGCAUUUAAACUACUGCCUUGCCACAUAUUGGUUGAUUGAUUCAGAGCAGCACCUCUACCGUUUGAAAAUUCACAGAUUUAUAGUUUCACUUUGCUUUUAGGAGUCAAGGUAAAAUCAGGUUGCCUGGCCGGAUGCUAUUUUUACCACUUUGCUCUCUUGGGAAAGCAAAAUGCAGGAUACGGUUGAAAGGUUUUGGUAGACUCCUUGGCAGGCUUCCUUGGACAGUCAUGCUCUAUCAUUUACUACGUAGUUUGUUUUGUAAAGCAACUGUGUUGUAUUGGGUUUUUGUUUUAGUUUGUUCGUCUCUUAGGCCGGUCUGUUGGGUUGGCCACCCCUCUACUCUAUUGUACUUCUCCUUUGGCUUAAUAAAAUUUCCUUCAAAUA